AUGGAAAAGGUGGAAUCUGCGUUGGACGUGUUAUCGCGAGCUGCGACGAUGGUGCAACCGUGUCCCGCAUACCCGGCGAGUGAUUCAGACGGCUUCGUCGCCAUCAAAGCAGACAAAAUGAUUACAGUGUAUCGGUAUGCCGGCUGGGACACUGUCCAUAUGUUAGAUGGCAUUUGGCCUUGUGGGCGGGUCGCAUUCCUCGCCACUCACAGCUGA